GCCGUUGUGAGCUCACAGCGCCCCGUUAAAGAGUUUGAGGCGUUUAAACGGCAAAAGGCUGUAGAAAAGGAAGCCGAGGGCGAAGAGGCAAAGUCGUAAUGGAGGAACCGGCGGAGCCUCACGUAGUGAGGACGCCUCGGUAAAGACAAGUAGUGCACGAGGAAAUAAAUGACGUCACCGGGCUUUAAUUUCCAAAGCAGUCUCCACGCCAAUGUGUGUACUUUGUACCAGUGUUCAGGUACCGGUUGGUUCUGGAGGCAAAACGCGGACGUCAACAGAGAGAAACAAACUGUCAUAAAUAACUCAAACCUGAAACAGGCACAAUUAGCUUAAUAUAACGAUGAAACAAGUAAAAAUGGCCCACAGGCUGCUGCUGCGCACAGUUCGCUCACUGUCCGUGAAAGAGACCCGCUGCCUCCCCACGUGCACCCGCAUCACCUCCCACUCUGCGUAUUCCACCUCGCUGCGCUCCGCCGCACACCGGGUGUCCUUCCUCUCCUCCUCACGCUCGCUCACUCGGUCCUCUCAACGGAAGGUCUCCUUCAACGUUCAGGACCAGGAGGAUUUCACGGAGAGGGUGGUGAACAGCGAGCUGCCGGUGCUGGUCGACUUCCAUGCACAGUGGUGCGGCCCCUGUAAGAUUCUCGGGCCCAGGCUGGAGAAGGCUGUUGCCAAACAGAAAGGACGUGUGGCCAUGGCCAAAGUGGACAUCGACGAUCACACAGACCUUGCUAUUGAAUACGGGGUGUCCGCCGUCCCCACUGUCAUCGCCAUGCGUGGCGGAGACAUCGUCGACCGCUUUGUUGGGAUCAAGGAUGACGAUCAGCUGGACUCGUUUGUCAGCAAAGUCAUUGGACAGUAGCGUCAGUACCCUGUGAUGCCGCCAACACGUCAAUGAAAGCGCGCUGCAGUUCCAGCGGCGCCCACCCCCGGAUGCUUCACUGCGUCUGCCUGUCGUCUCUGGGCUCGUGAAGGGCCCUUUAGUUCACUCUGUUUUAAAGUCCACUUCUCUCUAAUAAUGUGACGGCUCCGGCUCUAUUCACCCUCUGUCCUGACAGCUGUACUGCUCUUAUACUGGUACUGAUUGGGAGGAAACCAGCUGAAGCUGCCCACGAGAGGGCGGCGUUGGUUCAACAUGUCAUUGCUUCAUGCCUGAGUGAGAGAGGAAGUCUGGAGGUUCUGACUGUGAAGUCUAAACACGAGCUCGAUUUAGUUUGUUAAUAAAUUUAAGUCUCUAUUGGAACCAAGUGAUAAUAAAGGAGCCAAAACGUUGCAUAUUUAAAUAAAGUUAUUGUCUGA